UGUUACUUUUGGGUCGUUGGGGAAGGGACUGGGCGGUGUUAGCAAUGCUUGCUCGUCCUCGAGAUGGGGUCUUACUCCCACGUUAUUUAGUGACGGGCUACUGGAAAAGUCUCGGUCACGCGCUUGGAUGAGCUUGGGGUAGUUUUGCGCGUACAUGUUCUUUUGUACGGCUCAAACUGGUCUCACAGUUAGGCGAUUUUUUUUCCGCUUCGCAUCACUUUCAUUGUGAGAGCUUUUGUGUGGUGUGAAGUGCCUUUGUCCUUUCAUAGGGAUUUUAAAAACGAGCGGGAGCGCGGCUGCUCUAGACCACCGGCCUGGAGGGAGGCAUGGAAAGGAAACGCUGGGAGUGCUCGGCUCUUCCUCAAGGUUGGAAGCGGGAGGAAGUGACCCGAAAGUCGGGUUUGUCUGCCGGGAAGAGUGAUGUAUAUUACUACAGCCCAAGUGGGAAGAAGUUUCGGAGUAAACCACAACUGGCACGCUAUCUGGGCAACUCCAUGGACUUGAGCACUUUUGAUUUCCGUACUGGGAAGAUGCUAAUGAGCAAAAUGAACAAGAACAGGCAAAGAAUGAGAUACGAUUCCUCAAACCAAGCAAAGGGUAAACCCGAUCUGAAUACAUCGUUGCCUGUUAGACAGACUGCUUCCAUAUUUAAACAGCCAGUCACAAAAGUUACAAACCACCCUAGUAAUAAAGUUAAAACAGAUCCGCAGAAAGCUGUGGAGCAGCCUCGACAGCUGUUUUGGGAAAAGAAGCUGAGUGGCUUAAAUGCUUUUGACAUAGCAGAAGAACUUGUAAAAACCAUGGAAUUGCCAAAGGGAUUACAAGGUGUUGGACCAGGCUGUACAGAUGAGACUCUACUGUCUGCUAUUGCUAGUGCAUUGCACACUAGCACGACCCCCAUCACUGGACAGCUAUCUGCAGCUGUUGAGAAGAAUCCUGGUGUCUGGCUUAAUACUUCGCAGCCACUUUGCAAAGCAUUCAUGGUUACUGAUGAAGACAUUAGGAAACAAGAAGAACUGGUACAGCAGGUGCGGAAGAGACUAGAAGAGGCUUUAAUGGCUGACAUGCUAGCCCAUGUUGAGGAAAUGUCCAAAGACACUGGGCCAAGUGAUGGAAAAGAUGAGGAGGAGGAGGAUGAACAAGAAGAGGAAGAAGCAGGUGAUGUAUAGUCCAGAAUCAUUUCUGCAAACUGCGGUUAUAACCUUGGCAAAUAAGUUGGAGGAGUAAUUUAACUUUAACUGAAAUGAUAUAUUUUCCUGCAGGCAUUGCCCGAAUCUACAUCACAGUCGAAACAAACAGGAGAAAAAUUAAUCAUGGCAGUUGUGCGUUUGGUUACUGGCCAUAUAUUUUUUUAACAGGGUGAGGCUGGUAGUUUUACUGAAAUGUUUACUAGUUUUUAUCGAUAAGAAAACUCUGGAAGGAGAAGCUGAUUCAGCUGUUUGUAACCAUUCCACUGAUACUGUGCCCCAGUAAAGUGUACUUCCAGUGUCAGUUUCUUGGAUGUGCUUAUUAAAUAGAGUAAAAUGGAGGACUUGACUUUGUGGCCAAAAGCAGUACAGAAUUCAGUUUAUGCUGCCUACCUUUGAUAUUCACUGUAAUAUAGAGAAAAAAGCAGUAAUUAUGCCCGUCUAACUUUAAUCAAUUUAGCAGUGGCCAUAAAAGUUCUGUAUGAGAAACUACAUUAAGUGACUCCAUACAAACACUCCUGUGACAAGUUUUGAAUAUGAUGCAGGUGCAUUCCAGUGGGAUUGGAGUACAAGAUCCUUAUCAGGAGUUGAACCUUUAAUGACAAAGUGGACCACUUCACUGACAGUUUAUUGCAAAACCAGCAAAAGAGCAAACGAGGAUGAAAAAAUUCAAACGGAAAACAACUUUUUUUUGGACGGUGGUGAGGGGAUAACCAUAUUACUGUCUGAAGCAGUACAAAGAAAUGUUUGAAACUAAUUCAUCUCUAUCUUGUUAAUGUAUUUUUUUUCUUGAGUCAUAAAACAAGUGGCAAGUAUUGAUGCAUUUUUAAGUCUGGGUUCAAGCCUUUGAGGUUUUGCCGUGUAGUGCAAGAGCUUGCCAAGCAGUUUGUAUUAUUUAGUUAGGGUUUUGCUAUGAUUACUUAGGGCCCGACAUUCUUUCCUUAGCAAAAGUCAUUAGACAAUUACUAUAAAAUUUUCCAUUGGUUAUAGAGUUGGAGUUUACUGUGGAUAUUACAUUUUCAGUGAGCAAAGCAUUCUUCAGCUUUUCUGUUAAUGCGAAAGUGCCAUACAGGCAAAUAGUAUACCAUAAUGUCUUGAAGACGGAGAACUGUUUUGUUGGUCUGUAAACUUGUAUGCACUCAGUUUCUGUAUCAGAGAACAGUGUGAUUAUUCUUUGAUCUUGAAAAAAACAUCAUGUGUUUAUGAACAGUUUUAGUCCUUGAAAUUAAUAAAACAAGCUGAUGCAAGUCUUCUGAAGCAUUCCAGUUUAAUUGACAGUAAUGUGCAUGUAUUGCUGUCCUUUGUAUGGCUGGAGGAAUGUCUGACCCGUCAGGCCUCCCCUUGCUGUAAUCUGAGCCCUGUAUGCACUUUUAACAUCCAUUUGUGUUAAAAGGUAAGAAGGCCAUUAGCUGUGCUGUAUUGAGUUGGAAUUUGUAAUACAAAGACUUAUGAAUCUGGUUUUACUGACUGUAUUGCAGUGUAGUGCAAGAGUGUGCAAGUUUUGCAGUAGUAUAAUGGUUAAAAGAGUAAGAAAGAGAAAUCCGAUCUCUGUAUAAAGUGUAGGUUUUGUUUUAGCGUUGAGGUCUUAAGAGUAAGAGCUCAAUUAGUAAAGCUGUUACUGGUUAGCUGCUGAUGAAAAAGUGCUCACAUGAGGAAACUAGUUUAGAUUAGAAAUUUGAAGACUUGAGUUGCAGCUGUCAAGCAAGCUACUUGUUUGCAGUCUUUCUAGGUUUGAUAUGUAGCACAUGUUUUUUUGUGCUAAGCUGGUAAGGGAAUUAUUUGCCUGAACUUGAUAUCUGUGGAAGGCUAGCAAGAUGGGUUUAGGCGAUGGAAUGGUAUGGGAUAGUAUUUUACGUUAUAGCACCUCUUCAGGACCAGCCCACACUUGGAAAAGAUAAUGUUCUUUUGGUACACUUGUUUUGGUAAAGUAAUGUUGAACUUGUUUGAAGAUCUUGCAAUAUUUUAUACUUCUGUAUAAUACACAUUUGAAGUAGAACAUUAAACCUUCUGACUUGAGAACACUUUUUUUUUUUUCAGAGCCAUUAUUUGGUUACUGUUGUAAAAGUGCGUGCCUAUUUUGUUUUUUUUUUUUUUGGUCUUUCUUGCCUGUAUUUAUUAUAUUGUAGAUUGUGGGCUUACAAGUGUCACUGACAGAGGGAUGGGAACAGAAAGAAUUGAUGCAAAUAGCCCUAGUAAAGUAUGGUAGCUGGUGAUGGAAUACUUAAUUUUUAGCAGCUUUCAACAUACACUUCAUAUUUUUGUACUAUCCAUAUGCAUUUCAGAUGACAGCUCUGCAGCUUAGCAUUUUCAAGAAUAUCAGUUGCUACAAUGGUUUUGUGUUGAUAUACCACCAAGGGAGGGGGACAUCCUAUUAGAUUAGUAAAUCUGAAUUUUACAACCAUGUUUGUUUAAAAGUUGCAGUCUGGAGACUCAAAAGCAGUUUGAUUUCCAUAUGUAUAUUUUAUUUUAGGCUAUCAGAAAAAACACUGAUAGGAGCAAGGUAAUAUGCUAAGAAGAUGGCCUUGUCACAAUUUUAGUAAUUUUCACGGAAGUUAUGUACAUAGUCUUAACUGCUGCUUAAUGACCUUUUACAAUAGAUUGUAUAGAGGUCUUGGAGUUACUGUAUUCUGUCUCAUAAAAUGAAGGAUUGAAAAUUUGAUGUAUAUGCUAGUAUUCUCAGGGUUCUGUUAGUAGCAGUUUCUGCCAUCUGGUUAAAAUCAACAGAAUUAAGUAGGCAGGACAGUAGAACAGCACAUUAGGGUUUGAUAGAAUCAUGCAGAUUCUUUUAACGUGGAUGUUUUCUUUUGAACAUUCCAUGCAUUACAGAUUAAAAAGUGUGAUUAUGAAAUGUGCACUAUUGCAUUAUCUACAUAUUGAAUUGUGUUUUCUGUUAAAUUGAAAUAUGGAAAAUAAAUACUUAAAUUGCA